AUGGCGGACGCUUUCAAGGCCCGCUCGCUGAAACGAAAGAACGUCAAGGGGCUGGCUCUCAAUGCAACCACCGCGAAGCCAGGCCUGAAGCCCUCCGACGGCGAUGCUCAGAUCCCCGGAGCUAUCGGAAACGUGGACGCCAACAGGACAGACACCCUGGAGAUUGGCCUGGAGUUCAAGCUGGACCUGCGCAGUGAGGACCUGAUAGUGCUCAAGGAGCUCGGCGCCGGCAAUGGAGGGACCGUCAGCAAGGUCAUGCACGCCUCGACAAAGGUCGUCAUGGCCAGAAAGAUCAUCAGAGUCGAUGCAAAGGAGAAAGUAAGAAAGCAGAUCCUGAGAGAGCUUCAGGUCGGCCACGACUGCAAUUCCGUCCAUAUCGUCACAUUCUACGGAGCAUUCCAGAACGAAGCCAGAGAUAUCGUACUUUGCAUGGAGUACAUGGACUGCGGAUCACUGGAUCACAUCUCGAAGAAUUUUGGCCCCGUCAGAGUCGACGUGCUGGGCAAAAUCACCGAGUCCAUCUUCGCUGGUCUCAUUCCCUUCGACACAUCCGAUACCUCUGCCGGAGACCGGGCAAGUGCAGGACCUAUGGGCAUCCUUGACCUACUCCAACAGAUCGUGCACGAACCAGCUCCGAAGCUACCCAAGAGUGAUGCCUUUCCAAAGAUAUUAGACGACUUCGUUGCAAAGUGUCUACUGAAGAAACCCGAAGAACGACCAACCCCACGACAGCUAUACGACCACGAUGCAUUCAUUCUAGCUGCUAAGAGAACCCCUGUCAACCUUCGGGAAUGGGCAAUCAGCAUGAUGGAGCAGCACAACCGAAAGUCAUACCUUGCACCUCCUGCCCCCAAAGCCAUCACCCGCGAUGGAGGAUCAGGCGAAUCCCCAUCCUCCUCCAGUCCUCACACCCCGGAUGACACCCCCCGCCAAGCAACUUCAGGAGACAUCCCGCUCAACAUCGCAGGAGACAUCACACCCAGAUCUCGCCCACAAGCCUCUUACGGCAUUGACGGCUCUUCGUCUAUGGGCUUCGAGAAGCUAUCACUCAACACCCAGGGCCAGGUGCCUCGUUCCUCUCGCUCGCCAUAUCCUCACUCCGCCACAUCCACCUCUCAGGGCCCCUUUGCCGCUCCUCGCCCAGCACCCUCACCAGUAUACCAUUCUACCAGGAAUGGCUCGCAGUCCGCUGGUCUUCCGCAUCUAGCUGGUCCUCCGCCAAAGGGCCCCUUACCCGUACCCCCUUCAUCCGACACAUGGCGAAACCAGCAACAGAACCGGAUAUAA